GCAACCUCUGUGAAACUUAUCAACCUCAACUCUAUAAUAAUAUUUCUCUUUAAAAUCUAAUAAAUAUAAUGACGGAUCAUGUAUCUGAGAUAUCCCCCUCGGAUGUCAAGGGUCCAUCCUAUCAGUACCCAUUCGCAGCAGCACCAGACAUUAUUCGAUCACAUCAAAAAGAUGCAUAUUUUGAAGGAGUUCUCCUGAACCAUCUUUCAAAUCUCCUGCGCCGGUUGUAUGGAGCAAGAUUUCUUCACACGUAUACCAAUGAAGCGCGAACAUUUUCCGAAUUGCUCUAUCUCGGUCUCACAACCUUCAUUGGUAACCGCACAUUAGGAGAAGAGUACUGUGAUAUUGUUCAGAUCGAAGAUGAUACUCUAAGACUUCCCGACAUUUCUCGACGCGCAGGCUAUAUUUUGAGUUCAAUACUUCUUCCAUAUUCUCUUACCAAGAUCCUCCCAUCAUUUCGCACUCGCAUCCGUAAUAAGCUCGAAGCCAAUCUUCGCAAGCUUACCCGAAAAGCACAACAAAAGUCAUACUCCUACAAAUUUCAACAAUAUAUUCUCACCCAUCUCUCAACAAUCACGUCACCCUCGCCCGUUCACGCCCUUACACUCACCGUCUUUUAUUUUUCGGGGUCUUAUUACCAACUGUCAAAACGUCUAUUGGGACUACGUUAUAUCUUUACAAAGCGCAUUGCUCCAUCAGAGCAACGUGUAGGAUAUGAAGUCUUAGGUGUACUUCUCCUCCUUCAAAUGAGCGUGCAAACCUACCUCCACCUAAACAAUACCUUCUCCGCCGACGUUCCUUCCACUGCACCUGGAAGUUCCGCAGUUCUAUCUAAUGGCGUAGAAAUCCCCCUUGACUCCCCGUCUUCCCCUAGCGUACUCCUCGCCUCAUCCUCGGCUAUUCCCCAUUCCUCCAGCUCUAUUGGCAAAACUACAAAUACACCUGUGCUAACAGGCGCACGAUACGAUCUGAGUAAUGACAAGGUUAUGGGAUGGAUAAAGGGCGAGCAAAACAGAAAAUGUACCUUGUGCUUGGAGGAACUGAAAGAUCCGAGUGUGUUGGGAUGUGGACAUGUAUUUUGUUGGAGCUGUAUUGGAGAUUGGGUUAGAGAAAAGCCGGAAUGCCCUCUAUGUAGAAGAGAGGUUUUGAUUCAACAUAUUCUCCCAUUGAGAGGAUGAAGGGGCGAGCAUUUGGAAUAGGAGUUCAAGCGAAAUCCCGACACGGACAUGAUGUUAUGAAUAAUUUGGAAUGGAUGCAUACAAGCGUUAUAUAAUUUAAUGUUGAAAUUUACCUAUCGGGGCAAGAUGUUUAGAUCAAUCUUCAAAUGGCGUAUAGUAGAUGCAGGUUUCAAGAGUUCGGACUGCGGUCCAAAUCCUAAACUUUCUAAAAUUCCAAACCUGCAAAUCGUUGGAUGAAAAUUUCAUUUACUGUUUAGCGUAUAUCA